AGGUGUGCACUGUUUGCUGAUGUCAUUGCAAGUCAGAGCGCGGUGAAAUUUAACACCGGCCGGAUUUGCUCGGCUCCUCUUCUUCCAGGCGAGGCAGCCGGCGGCAGUCAACGCCGAGCGUCUGCAGUCGCCACCGGCCCCCUCGCACCGACCCGACUUCCGAAGUGGUACCUGCACCCUUAACAGUUGGGAGUUGGCUUCUGUUUUCCGUGAGCGCUUUGCUGCACGGACAAAUGCAUACAAAUGCAUUUAGGAGCCCACAGGACAAGGCGUGGAAAGGUCUCCCCCACCGCAAAAACGAAACUACUUCCUCAUUUCAUUGUGCUAUGUAUGGCUUGGAUUACUGUUCACGCACAAGAACAAGGCAUAGACAUUCUUCAUCAACUAGGCCUUGGAGGCAAAGACGUACGACACUCAUCAUCAGUGACUGCUGUACCAUCGUCAUCUACACCAUUACCUCAGGGGGUCUAUUUAACAGAAUCAGGCGUCAUUUUAAAAGAUGAUGCAUACAUUGAGUCACCUCUCCCGAAAAUUUUACCAGUCAAUUUAGCACGGCCAUUUACAAUAUUAAUUGCACUACAGUCACAUAAAGUGAAUAAUGCAUUUUUCUUCAGUGUUAGAAAUAAAAAUAGACUGCAAUUAGGGGUCCAAUUACUACCUAAGAAGUUAAUAGUAUACAUUGGAGGAAAGCAGUCUGUUUCUUUCAACUACAGCGCUCACGAUGAGCAAUGGCACACCUUCGCCAUUACUGUUGGAAAUCAAGUUGUCUCAAUGUUUAAUGAGUGUGGAAAAAAGUAUUUUAGCAGAGAGACUGUUUCAGAAGUUCACACAUUUGAUCCUAACAGUGUGUUUACCUUAGGAAGUAUGCAUAACAAUUCUGUCCAUUUUGAAGGAAUAGUAUGUCAGCUGGAUAUUAUUCCUUCUGCAGAAGCAUCUGUGGACUACUGCAGAUUUGUCAAACAGCGGUGUCACCGAGCAGUUCAAUACCAACCUGAAGCAAACUUUCCUUGCACAACUAUCAUACCAAGUAAGCGACUGAAACACUCUUCCCUGCCCAAACAGUUGGGAGAAAAAGUACUGUCAGAGAAUGCAUUCACUGAAGAAGGCAAAAACAUCCCAAAUAUCAUUACUAAUGAUUCUACAACAGAGCAUAAAAGACCAGAAGACCAGAUAUUAAGACCUCAGUUAACUUCUCUUCUUUCAGGAAAUGUCUCUGCUCCGGAUCUCAAGAAUUACGGGAUUCAAAACAAAAAAGCCAUCACUGCAGAACAUAGUGAGGUGAAUUUCAACCUGCUGGCCAUCCAUCAUGGCCUCAGAGAGGCAAGAAUGAGUACAGAGGAAAAACUCAGUUCUCUGCUAAACACAUCGAACAAUAUCACAGAACACGAUACAGUGACUGGUCUGUCUCCAUUUAAGAAGAUGUCCACUAUUCUUCCACAUACAAAACAAGAGAAAAUUACUAAUCUCAAGAAGGCUAUCACAGCAAAUCUAUAUACUAAUGAACUCAUGGAAAUGGAACAGAUUUUAAAUACCACCUUGCGUAGAGUGACAGAUGAGCCAUUUGUGGAUAAUCACCUUGACUUAAGGAAGGAGGGUGAACUUUAUCCUGAUGCUACUUAUCUCAUCGAAAAUAGCAAUGAAACCGAGCUUUCUGAUUAUUAUUAUUAUGAGAAUCUUAAUACAGUGCUUGAGAUGGAGUAUCUGAGAGGCCCAAAAGGGGACACCGGACCCCCGGGUCCACCUGGCCCAGCAGGUGUCCCAGGUCCAUCAGGAAAGAGAGGUCCACGGGGUAUACAAGGACCGCAUGGAAAUCCUGGAUUACCUGGACUACCUGGUCCAAAGGGCCCCAAAGGAGAUCCAGGAUUUUCCCCAGAUCAAGCUGUUUCUGGAAGAAAGGGUGACCCAGGCCUUUUCGGAUUGAUGGGACCCCCUGGUUUGCAAGGUGAAAAGGGCCUUAAAGGACAUCCAGGGCCCCCAGGACUCCGUGGUGAACAAGGAAUUCCAGGAUUUGCUGGUAGUAUUGGUUCACCUGGUUACCCUGGCAGGCAGGGAUUAGCUGGACCAGAAGGUAAUCCAGGUCCUAAAGGUGUACGAGGAUUCAUUGGCUCUCCUGGAGAAGCAGGACAAUUGGGACCUGAAGGAGAAAGGGGUAUUCCUGGGAUCCGUGGAAAGACGGGUAUUAAAGGAAGACAGGGCUAUCCAGGUGACUUUGGGGACAGAGGCCCUCCUGGACUUGAUGGCAGUCCCGGACUUGUAGGUGGCAUUGGCCCUCCCGGGUUUCCAGGACUUACAGGCAAUGUUGGCCCUGUGGGACCAGUUGGACCUUCUGGAAUUCCUGGCCCCAUGGGCCUUUCAGGAAGUAAGGGACUACCUGGAAUCAAAGGUGAUAAGGGGGAACAAGGCAGCAUAGGAGAGCAAGGAGAACCAGGAUAUCCUGGAGACAAGGGCACUGUUGGUUUGCCAGGACCACCAGGGAUAAGAGGAAAGCCAGGAACUUCAGGUCAACCAGGUGACCAAGGAUCCCAGGGGCCAUCUGGCCCUCCAGGACCAGAGGGUUUUCCGGGAGAUAUUGGAAUUCCUGGACAAAAUGGCCCAGAAGGACCAAAGGGACUUCUUGGAAUGAGAGGACCUCCUGGGCCUCCUGGUCUCAAAGGAACUCAGGGAGAAGAAGGACCAAUUGGACCCUUUGGAGAAUUGGGGCCAAGAGGAAAACCAGGACAAAAGGGGUACACAGGUGAACCAGGACCAGAAGGCUUAAAGGGAGAAGUAGGAGAUCAAGGAGAUAUUGGGAAAAUUGGCGAAAUAGGACCCAUUGGCUCACUUGGAGAAGUUGGGAUAACUGGAAGCAUUGGAGAAAAGGGAGAUCGUGGAAGUCCAGGGUCCCUGGGUCUGCAGGGAGAGAAGGGUAUUAUGGGAUAUCCAGGUCUUCCUGGGGUUCCAGGACCUGUGGGACUAUUGGGAUUACCUGGUCAUGUGGGGGCCAGAGGACCACCUGGGAGUCCAGGUCCUAAAGGACAAAGAGGACCAAGAGGACCAGAUGGUCUCCCAGGGGAACAAGGUAUACAAGGUGCCAAGGGUGAAAAAGGAAAUAAAGGAAAAAGAGGCUCUCAUGGUAUCGUGGGUAAGACUGGAAACCCUGGAGAGAGAGGAGUUGAAGGAAAACCAGGUAUACAGGGAUCCCCUGGCAGUACAGGAGACAGGGGACUUGCAGGAGAACCGGGACCACGAGGACUUCAAGGUGAUGCUGGACCUCCUGGAGACAUGGGCGCUGAGGGACCUCCAGGCACUGAGGGAGAAUCUGGUCUGCAAGGUGAACCAGGUGUUAAGGGAGAUGUUGGACCUAUGGGUAGUGCUGGAGGAGCUGGGGAACCAGGAUUACGAGGUGAACCAGGAGCUUCUGGAGAAGAAGGCAUCCAAGGAAAAGAUGGACUAAAGGGAACCCCAGGAGAAAGAGGACAGCUUGGAGAGGAUGGAGAAAAAGGAGAGAUGGGCUUACCAGGAACUACAGGGCCCUUAGGUAGACCAGGUCAAAUGGGCCUUCCAGGACCAGAAGGAAUUUUGGGGACUCCAGGACAAAGAGGUCGUCCAGGAAAAAAGGGUGAUAAAGGACAAACAGGACCCAUGGGAGAAAUUGGAAGCAGAGGUGCUCCUGGACAAAUUGGGGAAAGUGGUCCUAAGGGUGCCAGAGGAACUAGAGGUGCUGUGGGUCCUUUGGGAUUGAUGGGACCUGAUGGAGAACCAGGAAUUCCAGGAUAUACGGGCCAUCAAGGUCAACCAGGACUCUCUGGGUUGCCAGGACCUAAAGGAGAAAAGGGUUACCCAGGAGAAGACAGCACAGUCCUAGGACCACCAGGGCCUCGAGGUGAUCCAGGUCCAAAAGGGGAACAAGGAGAGAGAGGAGACUCUGGAGCAGAAGGAUAUAAGGGUCAUGUGGGUGUACCAGGACUAAGAGGUGCUACUGGACAGCAAGGGCCCCCAGGAGAACCAGGUGACCAAGGUGAACAAGGAGUAAAGGGAGAGAAAGGAUCUGAAGGCACUAAGGGGAAAAAAGGAGCUUCUGGUCUUUCUGGGAAACCUGGCAUUCCUGGACUUCCAGGCCUUCCUGGGCCAAAAGGCAAGCAAGGAUACCAUGGAGCAGAUGGCAUUUCAGGAAAUCCUGGAAACGUUGGGCUACCGGGAAAACAGGGACUUCCUGGCAUCAGAGGCAGCCCAGGAAGAACAGGACUUGUGGGAACUCCAGGUCCUCGAGGAGCAAAGGGCUCAUCAGGCCUUCCAGGAAGCCCUGGAGCUCUAGGCCCAAAGGGUGAACAAGGACUACCUGGUCAACCUGGAAUUCAAGGUAAAAGAGGUCACCAAGGAGCACAAGGUGAUCAAGGACCACAUGGAGAGCCUGGUCUGAAAGGGCUGCCUGGAGAACACGGUGAUCGAGGUUUGACAGGUUUCCAAGGAUUUCCAGGCCCCAAAGGGCCUGAAGGGAAUGCUGGUUUUGUUGGAAUAUCAGGUCCUAAAGGUCCUAUUGGGCAAAGAGGAAACACUGGCCCUCUUGGCAGAGAAGGUAUAAUAGGCCCAACAGGUAGAACUGGUCCCAGAGGCGAAAAAGGCUUUAGAGGAGAACCUGGUCCCCAAGGACCAAGAGGGCAACCAGGGCCUCCAGGUCCGCCUGGAGCACCCGGUCCAAAAAAACAAAUGGAUAUCAAUGCUGCUAUUCAAGCCUUGAUUGAAUCAAAUACUGCCCUACAGAUGGAGAGGUACCAGAAUACUGAAGUGACUUUAAUCGACCACAGUGCAGAGAUAUUCAAAACUCUGAACUACCUUAGUAAUUUACUGCACAGCAUCAGGAAUCCUCUUGGCACACGAGAUAACCCAGCACGAAUCUGCAAAGAUUUGCUCAACUGUGAACACAAAGUAUCAGAUGGAAAAUACUGGAUUGAUCCAAAUCUUGGAUGCCCUUCAGAUGCCAUUGAAGUUUUCUGCAAUUUUAGUGCUGGUGGCCAGACAUGUUUAUCUCCUGUUUCUGUGACAAAGCUGGAGUUUGGAGUUGAGAAAGUCCAGAUGAACUUCCUUCAUUUACUGAGCUCAGAAGCUACCCAUGUCAUCACCAUUCACUGUCUGAACACCCCAAGGUGGACAAGUGAACAAACAAGUGGCCCAGGAUUGCCUGUUGCUUUCAAAGGAUGGAACGGUCAGAUUUUUGAAGAAAACACUCUACUUGAACCUGAAGUGCUUUUAGAUGACUGCAAGAUUCAGGAUGGCAGCUGGCAUAAGGCAAAAUUCCUUUUUCACACCCCUAACCCUAAUCAACUUCCAGUGAUCGAAGUACAAAAACUUCCUCAUCUCAAAACUGAACGAAAGUAUUACAUUGAAAGCAGUUCCGUAUGCUUUCUCUAAAGUCUUUGGAUUAGUUGAAAUUUCAUGCUGUUGGUCAUGAUUGCUGCAAAGGAAAAAAAAAGUACAGACAGAAAAAUACUGUCAUUUUGAAAUGCAUGGAAUAAAGACAUUGGCUAAAGCUUAAAGAAUCUCAGGAAGAAAAGACUUCCUCCUGAAAAGGAGAAAAGGCAUUUUUAAAGGACUCUCAUUGAUAAAGUAUUUAAUUCUUUUAAAAAGUUUAUUGAUUUGAGUUUUGUUAGAUAAUUCCCUAGAAGUAAAAAUUUAUAAACAUGGAAUUCUUCAGGAUACCCUUUAUUUUCUGACUGAGAACAAAGUACCCAUUAGACAGCUGGAGAUGCAGAGCACCGUGGGGCAGUACUGGCUAAUGCUCCCAAGUGUGCAAUGCUUCUGUCUAAAAAUUGCAAGCCGCAGUCUAAUAUGUCUUAUUUUCACAAACACUAAGCUGUAUUCAGGUCCCCAGUGGGCAUAUACAUCUUAGCUGGUGGUACACUACCUCUUAUAUGUUGCCUUUUUGUGUUGCUUGGUGCUCUUUCUAAAACAUGGUGCUUGUGGCUUUUGUAGACUAUUUUAUUUCUUUUUUCAUCUUUGUCAUUAAGAGUGUAUGUACUGGUUACAUCAAGAUAUGUUUUGAUUGUUAGUGCUAAUUUUAAUUUGUUUUGGUCACAUAAUAACAAGUAAAACAAUUAUUUAUAUGAAGUCCUUGUUUAUUUUAAAAUUCUCUUUGUACAUAAAAGUUAAAGCCAGCACAUUGCAACCUGUGCUUGUACACAAGAGAAUUGGGAGAUUUCUUUUUUGUGUUAUUUUUAAAUUGUUGUAAAAAAUAUUUUAGGCCAGCUACUUUUAGUAGUAGGUCUGGGUUAGAGAUUAGGGGUUGAGAUACUGUUUUAAAAAUCCAUGAUCAUCUGAGAUGAUACUUUAUGUAUAUAUAUUGUGUAAAGUUUUAAUUCAGCAAAUCCUCUGAAAUUGCUGCUGUUUUAAAUUAUAAAAACAUAUUUCUGCUUUGUAGAAGUUAUAUGUUUUGUAGUACUCAUUGAUUUUGUUUCACUGUUUUUAACUUUAAUGCUAGGACUUAAAAGAAUUUAUCUUACCAAUUUUUAAAGCAACAUCCAGGAAAAAAAAUUCUGCUACCACUUAAAGUAGGUUUUCCUAGUUCAGCCUCUCCUUGUCAGAGAAAUAUUAGUUCAGUAUUAAAAUAAAAAUAUUAUAUCUCUUACUAUAUAGAAAAGCUUGUUCAUCGAUUAUAAAAAUAUCUGCCACAGAAAACCACACUUACAUAUCUAUAAUAAAUAUGUGCUUUAAGUCAUUUUUGGUGAUAUUUGUUUUUCUUGUUAUUAUCUGAAUGCUUGCAUGUUUA